AUGGCGUGUCAGGCGUUUUCAUACAACUGCGAGAGGGAUGCCUACAAAAUCAUCAAACUGUCCAACAGUUUGACGGCCUUUCAAAUGGCUCACGAGUGGGACUCCGAUUCUGUGAUUCUUGAUCUGUUAACGAUAAUUGUGUUGUUUAACGAUCAGAGGCCGGACCUCAUAAACAGGGAUACAGUGAACCGUACCAAUGAUUGGAUUCUGACUGAAGAACAGAGAAAAUUACGAGAAAAACGACACAAAGAAAAGGAUAUCAAAAGUAAAUCACAAAACAUUGAAGAGUUUACCGACUCUUUAAGUGCUGGCAAUUUAUCGCAACAACUGAUUGCCGCUAAAAGUGUCGACAUUUUGUCGGAAAUAAUUGAGAGUAAUAUCAUCAGCGAUGAGAGAAUCACCGCCGAAGUCGUGGAUAUUGAGUGCUAUUUGACUGACAAAGAGAUGUGCGAUAUAUUGGACGACGUCUACGAAAAGGCCGUGGAGUUGGAGUUCGCACCCAUACCUUUGGCCCGACCCAUCACUGACUAUAUGAACACAUUUAAUGAGAUGGAAAACAAUCAUUUGUGUGAACUGUUUAACGCCACGAGCAUUUUGAAAAUGGAUAUAACCCCGAGCACGUCUGAGGCCAAUACAUACUUGGAUGCCAUGGAGGUGCUGGCCAUAGGGUGCGACCAAAUGGUGCGGCGUAAUGAUUGGAUUCUGACUGAAGAACAGAGAAAAUUACGAGAAAAACGACACAAAGAAAAGGAUAUCAAAAGUAAAUCACAAAACAUUGAAGAGUUUACCGACUCUUUAAGUGCUGGCAAUUUAUCGCAACAACUGAUUGCCGCUAAAAGUGUCGACAUUUUGUCGGAAAUAAUUGAGAGUAAUAUCAUCAGCGAUGAGAGAAUCACCGCCGAAGUCAUGGAUAUUGAGUGUUAUUUGACUGACAAAGAGAUGUGCGAUAUAUCGGACGACGUCUACGAAAAGGCCGUGGAGUUGGAGUUCGCACCCAUACCUAUGGCCCGACCCAUCACUGACUAUAUGAACACAUUUAAUGAGAUGGAAAGCAAUUAUUUGUGUGAACUGUUUAACGCCACGAGCAUUUUGAAAAUGGAUAUAACCCCGAGCACGUCUGAGGCCAAUACAUACUUGGAUGCCAUGGAGGUGCUGGCCAUAGGGUGCGACCAAAUGGUGCGGCGACUCAUAAAAAUGGCCAAAAACUUGAGCUCAUUCACCAAUAUGAGUGAACUGGAUCAGUUGGCGCUCAUUAAGUACGGGUCCAUUGAGUUGCUCAUUGCUAUAAUACUUUUCGAUCCGAAUAGACCUGAUCUUACAAAUAAAGACUAUAUUAAGUAA